AUGAUGAGACAAGUGGCACGUGGAGCGCCGGAGAGGGGGAGCGGGAACCAGACGCCGACCCCGACGCGCUUCCUGAAGAACUGUGAGGAGGUGGGUCUGUUCAGCGAGCUGGACUGUUCUAUAGAACAGGAGUUCAGGAAGGCCCAGGAGGAAGAGGACAACAAACAGAAUAUCUCUCUACAUGGCCAGAACCUCCAGAACCAGCAGCAUCACUCUCGGAUGGGGAACCAUGACAACAGCAUAGUGAUCCAGCAGGGCCUGCCCUCUCCCCAGUCCAGCUCUGUCAUCACCCAGGCCCCCUCCACCAACAGACAGCUAGGGUGAGGCCUCCAGUCCACACCGCCUGGAUUAACCAAAACAUUAACUAACACACGCCCAACUAACAUUAGACCUGGGUCAAAUACAGUACAUGUCAAAUAUGCUAUUUUAGUAUGCUUACUUUAGUUUGAUAUGCUUCCAUCUCUAACCUCUGUGCUUAGUCUAGAGAACUAC